AAACACCAUUCAGCCACAACCUACUCAACCCAACCUCUCCCUCAUCCUCUCCCAUAAAUACGCGACACACAAAUUAUUCUGUCUGGAGCAUCCAAAGAGUGCACGUAUCGUAUCGUAUCGUUCUAUUCUUCACGUAUCCUGAACCUCCUCGUCCAUUCUCUCUCCACCGCAUUUUCCACCAUCAACAUGGCUACGACAGAAAGUGCCCAACCGACUCAAGGUACGUACCCCCUACUCACUUCACCCACGAUCCCCUUUCACCAAACCACCAACUAACUUUUUCUACGGAUCGGCCAGGCCGGCGAAGACCAUUCUCCAACUGGAUGAAGAAGCUCGCCAACCUCAAGAACUCCUCCUCCGACUCCUCAACCAACAACAACACGUCCAAGCGGAAUACCUACCACUCCAAGUCCCAUUCCAAGCGGAUUACGCAAUUGAAAAAGAAUAACCCCUAUCCCGAGUCCGGCGCGGUCAAUGGACAUGCCUCGAUCCCGAAUGCGAAUGGUAAUGGCAACGGCUCCUUUUCUACAAAUCCCACCGGGGUUUCCAUGAGCACUCCGUCCUUGAACCGUAGCAGACAUUCCGUCAUAUCAUCCAGAGAUGGCAACGCUCCACCAACCAUUGGCAACAAGUCAACCGCACACACCAUGUCCACCGAACCAGAUACCGUCCGCUCAGAAGCCGCGCCAUCUCAUGCUCCGUCGUCGGGUGAAGCAACGACGGCCACCAUUGGUUGCGGGGUAAGCUCUGGCAGAGGUGCUGACAGUACUUUCUCCUCUCCAGCACCAUCGGUUCGUUCACUUACAACCACACUCACCACCAUACACUCAGCUGCGGCCCCGACUGCUCCUACGUCAAAUCAAAACACUCAGACGGUCCAGUUUUCCCAUCAGUUCCCCACAUCUCCGCCACCAACUGCUUUACCAGCACAUCUCGCCCCAGUCGCCAGUGGGGGUCAUCCUGCUACUUACAACACUGCCACAGCGAAUAAUCUAUUGACAGACAAUGCUUCAAUCCUAACUUUGGCUUCCUCAUCAAAGAGACGAAGACGUAGAUCUAUGGAUACGGACGCCUCAGUGCGAGCUUUGGCACCAUCCUCACUCUUUGGUGGCAGCCGAGAAAGUCUUCCAUUGAGUGUAUUGAGUGCAAACAUAGACCCAGCCACGGUUUCACAAACCCCACACCAACCACGAGGUAGCGUGGGCCUAAACGAGAGAGCCAGUAUAUAUUCUGCCACCGGAGUUGCACCCGCACUUCCAAGUGAGCGAAACAGCUAUUAUGCCGGCAAACAAUCAAUUAUGGCAGAUGGCGGAAGUGUCAAGAGUGGUCUUUUGGGUCAUGGAAGAAAUGAUAGUGUGAGUGGCAAUAUUGGCGCGGUGGGAAUUCCUCCUGGAAGUCCUCUCGCCAGCCCUCGUGAGGUUUCUGCCCAUGCUGUAGCCGGUCGACUUAGUCGUAACAAUUCUACCUUUGAGGCGGUUGACACUGAAAAGUUGGAGGAAAACGAAAUUGAGGAGAAGAAAGACAACGUGAAAGCAUAA